AUGUUGGAAUUUACGAAGCUUAAGUCAGGUGUCUCCGAAGCUAUCAGGAUAUACAAAGACCAGAUACAAGAUCUACAUACCAGGCUCAAGGAGGCUGCCACUACUGUGUUCCAACCGGUUCGCUUCUCGAUCAGUUCAGAGUCUGAGAACUCGUCGUCGGAGUUCGCGAGUCUGAUGUCGAACGUGAAGCUCUACGACAAGACGCUCAAACAUUUAGCUGAUUUACUUAAUGCGCUGACACACGGCAUGUCAGAUAGUCUUGUCCAGACACUCGGCUUGAUAUCGAGCCUUCACGACUACAAGCUGGAAAGGGUUACAGCAGAACAGUUCAAGUCCGGCCUCACUGAGAUUAAGCAGCAAAUGGAGAAACAACACAGUACUGCGCUUAAUAAUAUCGGUCAAGUGAGAGGCACGUUAUCGAUAUUCGAGGGUAUCUUCAAGGACUACAGCGAGGUCCUGAAGAACUCAGUAGCCCCGAAGGCUCGAGUAGAGCGCGCGGCCAACGUGGAGGCGCUGACGGCGGCGCUGGUGGCGCGCGGACAGGAGCUGACCGCGCUGCGGGCUGAACUCGACGCGCUGCGGGCCCGACACGACGAUACCGACCUACUCAAGGCACAGAUGGACCUCUAUAAGAGUGACUUCGAAGCAGAAAGAGAGUCACGACAGAAGAUGGCGAGUGAGAAAGAGAAUCUACAGACAGACGUUAGGACGUUACAGAAACGGAAUCAAGAACUCACACAACAGUUGGAGGAAGUCCGGAAGAUCAACCCUUCGGUAUACCGCUCAGCGACGAGUACGUCCCGCAGCAGUACGAGCCGGGGCUCCUCCUCCACAGUACGCGCCGCGCCCACGAGACCUGCGCCCGCGCAACCCGCCACUACGGGGAAUAUGGUGUUUACGUGUCCAAAGUGUAUGAGGUUCUCAUGCGACCAGUACAAAGUCAUGGAGGAUCACUUCGAUUUCUGCCUGGACGACUUUUAAUGUUAGUAUUUUAAUAUUUUAUUUGCUAGACUAGUCUUGACUGUGGUAUACGUGUAGUUGUCGAUCUACUGCCAGUCUCAGUAAUUUGUAUCUAUAGAUUUUUCUACUAGGCCUAGGUUAUUGAUACAUAC